AGAGAGGGAGAGAGAGGGGGGAAGGCGCAGAAUGGCGACCGUGCAGUGCACCAAAUGCACGGCAGAAAGGAAAGGGUUUCGGCGGGAACUUGAUUCUUGGCGACACAAAUUGAUACACUGCGUUGGGUUUGAAAGCAUUCUGGAGGGAAUCUAUGGCCCACUGCUGCUGACGGACCUCAAUUUAUUUGAUGACUGUGAACCUGAAGAGGUGGGUGAUUGGUCCCCUGAAUCAAGUUGUUCUCAAUGUUCAUUCUGCAACCUUCCCCUGGACAAACUCAGCAGUGAUCAAGUACCUGCAGCCACGUCUCCCCUCUCCUCCCCCUCUGAUUACUCUCCCUGUCAGGCUCCAACCAUCUCUGAGAGCAGCCAAUCAGCACACAGGUUUCUCCAAGCCGUGUUUCACAAUAAAGAUGUGUCCCUGGGCUGUGAUUCCAACAUCCCUCCGGUUGUCCAGGAGCUAAUGAAGAAGAUGAUACGUCAGUUUGCCUUGGAAUAUGCGUCCAAGUGCCUACUCCACACCAGUGCAAAUGGUGUUACAACAAGGACCUCAUCACCUUUGCCACAAACAUCAGAUACCCCUCUGGACCUCACCGUGAGCCGCACUGGGGAGGAGAAAGAGAGUGAAAGUGACCCAGAUGGCGUGCUCGACCUCUCCAACAGGAACUCUGCCUGCUCAGCAACUUCAUCAACAUCGUCUAAUCACAAAGCCUCAGGCUCCCUGCUGCCAUCAUUUGUGGAAGAAUUGGGAGAUCUGGGACAUCGAGGGACUAAAUGUCACCAGAGUUCUGCAUUGGGUGCUGUUCUCAGCUCGCUCUGCUCAGCACAUCGUUCCUUACUCUACCAGAUCCUGAAGCAGGCACACCAGGAAAAAUUGCUGUUGUUCCUUAAUCACAGACCUGUAGGUCAAACUGAAUCUCACUGCUGUCACUGUGGCGUGAACCCACAGGAUAUUGUUACCCCUAAUGCAGUCCCAUUUAGUAAAUGUAAAGCCCAUAAAAGCAGGCCAUGCUACCCUUUAAUUGAUUGUGAUCAUCAAGGUCAUGGCAGCACAUUGUAUCAUCCAGGAGACACCAAGUCCCAUUGUAGCAUCCAUCACUACCCUUUAACAGACUGUAAAAGUGAUGUUUCUCUGGGCUCAAGCUACUGCUGUGUGCAGAGGUGCAGGAUGGAAACCUACACUGUUAUGUGCCCCAAGAGGCUGCACUGCAUUUCCUGCCAAAGCCUGGCUGUAGGUCCUAUCAGCAAUAUAGUGGGUUCAUUUGCAUCCUCUCCAUCGUUAUCCAAAUCCCCUUCACUGUGCACUCCAUCCUCUAGUUUAUGCCCUUCCUCAUCGAUCUGCUGUAACCAACACAACCCCCACUCUUGUCCCUGUUAUUCAAUCCAUGCUUGCCUGACGCAGGUCACAGUUGAACAGAGGGUUGGAGAUGGGGAUCCUCCUUGUCCUGUCCUGAAGAGAGAGCAGAGCCCCUCUCCUCCUCCUCUGUCCCCUAUCCCCUCAGACAUCAAUAAGAAAACUGAUGAAAAGCCACCCUCCCUUUUUCACCACAGACAAGAGGAAGAAGCUGACCUAACGGUUAAAGAUGAUCUUAUGAAUGCAAGCAACCAAGAAGCAGAUGUGAAUACAGCUACAGAAGAGGAGAGAGACUGUAUGACCCCAAGAAGCAGUGAGGCUGAGCAGAACCCAAGUGGGACUUCACUGCAAGAUGUUGUAAAUCGCUUCAGUGAAAAAUUGGAGACAAUCAGACCUAUCGAGAAGGACCCGCCUCUCAUUUCCACAGCAAGUAAUGUCUCUGAAAAGGAGCAACCACAGUGUUCCUCAACCGGUCAGAACCUGCGGUUUCAGGCUGAUGCCCAUUUGACUGAAAUAAUCACCACAGUGCUUCACACAGGCAGUGCUAGUGACUACAGUCUCAGUGAGCUGUUCAAUCGCCACGAUAGCAAAGAGCCCAAGUCACCUAAUACCCGCUCCAGACGUCGCCAAGAAGUCCUUGCUGCUAUAGCAACACCUGCUGAUGAUGCUACAACCAGGAGGCAAACCUUACAAAUUAAACGAGAGCUUGCCAUGUUUGACCAGUCUUACAGUAGGAGAAAGGUACCACUAGCAAAGAGAGCGAGAUUGAAAGAUGUUACUGUCAGAACAUCACCCACUUCAUCAGAUUCAGACCUAGUUAAAGAAGAGUCUAAAAGGGAAAUGGAGGUAGCUUUAGAGCCUGUAGAGAAUCAUAUAGAUAGGGAGGGUCCAAUUAACAGUCUCAUUGCAGAACAUGAUGAAAUAAAAGAGGAGAUACAGACAGUCAUAAUAACAGAUGAAGUUCGGAUCAUUAAAGCAGAGGAGAAAGAAAGGGAAAUAUCCAGUGAGGAAAAAGAUCUUAUACCUUCAGCCACUCAAACACCGACCCUUGAUCAACAGAGCAAGUAUGGCAAACAAGGCACAAAGGGUGACCGUCGACAAACACAUGUGAUGACAGUGACUGCACCCCCAGCAAAAAAGAGCAGCAGGCCCUAUAAAGAAGAUGGUAUGGGUAGUGGUGCUGAAAGUGAUAGGAACCAUGAAGAAGCCCUAUCAGGUCAAGGCUCUGACAGUGACAGUAGACCAGGUAAAGGUAAAGGUUGCCAUGGUCCUAUUAGACACUGGCAGAAAUGUCAAUCACAGCACUCCAAGGACGGAAGAAGAUCCAGGAGAAAUAUAGUGCCUCCACAGCGUUUUUCUUCCUAUGUCACAGAGCCCAGAAAGAUGUUCUAUGUUGCAUGCUUCUCUGAAAACAUCUUUAGUCAGGGAACACAGAAGCACAAUGAUUUGACAUCUAGUGCCCUGGAUGCCCCAUCCAAAGAUUCAGAUGCUGAGGUCACCCCGCUUGAAUCAAGAAGUGAAGCCCCUCUGCCAUCACCUGAGCACACAGAAACCUUUGAAACAACACAUAGAGAGGAUUGUGGGCCAACAGAGUCAAAAGGUCAUUCCACAAACCAGGUCUUUCCACAAACUAGGGCUGCCAAAGAGAAGAUUCCUACUAAACAGAAGUCGGACAGUAAGAAAGAUGACAGCAACUCUGCUGCCAAACCUUUUGGGAGGCUACGGUCAUCUCCAAAAAGACUACAGGACUCGAGGAUAGUUUCAAGAACUCCCCAUGACUCAUCAAAUAUGGAUGUCACCAAGAAGUCUGCAACCUGUGUUGAGCGCUCUCCCAACUACCAAGUCCAGUACACUAGUCCAAUAAAGCUCAUGUUUGUAUCACCAGUAAAGGAUAAGGAAGGAGUCAGAUACAGUCUCAAAUCAGCAUCUUCUGGUUCUAGUGCACAGGUACCCUUUGACCCAUGUGUAGAGUCAUCAUGGUCAGGGUCACUGAAAAAACACAAAAGCCAGAGAACGGAGUCUCUUUCUUCACCACUAAAGUCUACUACCUCACCUGCAAGAUCUGCUUCAUCACCCAAGUCACCCCGUUUGGCAGCCAAGUCUUCUUCUUCGCCAGCCAAGUCUUCUUCUUCGCCAGCCAAGUCUGCUUAUUCACCCAAGUCAGCUUCUUCAUCUCCCAAGUUGGCUUCUUCAUCUCCCAAGUCGGCUUCUUCAUCUCCCAAGUUGGCAUCUUCACCAGCCAAGUCCGCUUCUUCGCCAGCCAAGUCUGCUUAUUCUCCCAAGUCGGCCUCUUCACCAGCCAAGUCUAUUUCUUCACCCAAGUCAGCGUCUUCUCCGGCCAAGUCUGUUUCUUCACCCAAGUCGGCCUCUUCACCAGCCAAGUCUGUUUCUUCACCCAAGUCAGCGUCUUCUCCGGCCAAGUCUGUUUCUUCACCCAAGUCGUCCUCUUCACCAGCCAAGUCUGUUUCUUCACCUAGGUCAGCCACGUCAUCACCAAAAAUAGGUUCCAGGAGAUCAGGUGAAUGUACUCCAACUAAGCGUGUAGCCGGAGCUGAGAGCCAGAGGUCACCAGGUGACUCGGCAUCCUUCCACGAAACCACUCCAAAAAGGCGUCCUGGUCGGCCAAAGAAGCUGGGACCACAACUUGAGCAAAAGGCAAAGAGGCCAAUUGGUCGACCACGCAAGGAGAAAGUUGUUGAUUCAGAAAUGGGGGCAAAAACUGUAAAUGGAAAAUCUGCUACAGCAUCUGAUGCUGAGGAGAAUGGAAACAAGAAUCUUAAAAUAACAGUAGUGUAUGGCCGUUCCAGGAGAAACAAACGAAUGGUGUCUGAGGGCUUUGACCAGCUGCAAACGGAAUUCCAUGAUGCUUGGCAAGCAGUGGGCCUUAAAAGUGACUUGGGCAUUUUAAUGCACAACUCUAGGACCAGCUCAGGUAGUAUCAAGACAGCCUCAACAGAAUUAUCUGAGGAAUUAAAUUUUGUCAGCCCUAUAAAAGAGUCUGCCCCACAAUCCAGCAGUAACAUUAAGUGUCAGAAGCGGGAUGAUUCUGCACCCUCAAGGAAACCAGGUAGACCUGCAAAGGUUAAAAUCUCUGGGAUCUCAGUCACAGUAACCACAGUGUCACCUCGGCAGCGCAAAAUUCAGAUAAAUAAAGAUACUCGUCAGUCUCCUGAAUCACUAAUUCAUAAAAAAGUACUUCUACCCGAAUUCAAAUCUGCCAAAGAGCCCUGGACAAUCAGUUGUCAGUCAAUAAGGAAAAGCAGUCAAAAAGAAGGGAUGGAAACAAAAAGCAGUGAAACAGAGGAAGGGAUAGAAACGAAUGAUGAAAGUAAAGACAAACUGCCAAAUAAGUCUGUAGCAGUGCGUCACUCAAUGAGAGUGCGAAAGCCCUCGAUCCAUUUUCUGCACGCUGUUGCUACCUCAACCUCUAGAUCAUACAGUCACAGUAAUGCUCUGCUACGACGCUCCAAACAACUUCUGUUGAACAAGGCCAGCAAUGAAAGAAAACAGGAGGAGCAACAAAGUGGUGUAGAGACUUCAAGGGAGAAAAGAAGGCUCUGUGGAGUAGAGAAGAAGAACAUCUCUCAAGACCUGAGCAGAUAUGCAGGUGUGUCUGUCGACUCUAUCUUUACUCCAAAAGAGACGCUAAGGUGGUGGGCAGCAUCAGCCGAGGAGAAGACUAUGAGCCACGAGCUUGCCAGGCGAAUACGAUUCAUCUCUGAUACUUGGGUCUCAAACACUGUGGAGAACCCAGGAAGAGAAACUGCCCUUAACUCAAAACUAGGUACUAAAGGCAACAGUUCACUUACCAGAAAGUCAAAACAUUCCUCUGUGGUUCGAACACUGUUUGACUGUCCUCCUAACCAUCCAAGGUCCUGUAGCAUGCAGCAGCUCUGCUCCUGGUUUAUGCAGAGCACAGAAACACAAUCUCUGGCUAUUGUGAAGAAGUCGAGCUCCCGUAAUCCUUACGAAGUUAUGCACUUCCCCCGUUCUGUCAAUAAGAAGAAUGUUUGUCACAGUCCUCAGGCAGAGCGACUCCGCAAACACAUCAAGAAAUUUGCCAAAAUUGUGCCAAAAAGUCCUUUGCAGCAUCAACAGGCACAACAAAGGUUGAGGAAGAGGAAUGAGGCACCCCUAUCAACACAUAAAAUUAGGCGGCAACUUUUCACUUCCAGGUUUGCAAGAGGCAGGCUCAAUCAAGAAGCCCAACGGUGGAGAAGUAGAGUAUGUGGCAAAUACCAGAUCGCUCUAUUUAGAGCAAGGACAAGGUUCCUAACCCGAAAAGAAAGGGAGAGGUGGCAGAGGCAGAAGAAUAAGAGAAACAUAAAAGUGGCUACUAGUUGUUCGAAUGGACAUUUAGUGACUGGACUACAACCAAAACGAAAAUCAUUACACAGAUCAGCAAAAGAUCAGUUAUCUAACCGUUUGGAGAACAGUUCUACCACCAGUUCUGUUGACCAAACUCAGGAGCCUGUGGAUGAACUCAAAGAGCAGAACCUCUGCUCUAAAGCCUGGAGUCCUGAGACACUGAAGGAAUGCAGAGUGUUUCUGAGGAAGAUCAACUCUCCAGAUAAUGAAUCAACUGAGGAAGAGUGGGACUCCUGUACUGUGACACUGGAUGACGGGUCACCUUCUGCAUACCUCUUUGCAGGAAGGGAGAGAGAACUGGUAGGAGUUGUUAAAGCUGUGAAAACUCAAAGAAAAAGGAGCACUGCCUCAAGAGAGCUAGCAGGUUCUGCACCUAAAUCAGUCCAGGGGCAGGACAAGAUGCCAUUGGGGAGGCAGAAAAGAAAAUACAAAAGUCCUGGGGUUGUGUCUACUGAACCACCGCAACCACCACCAGCGAAGAUGUUGAGACAAUCGCGAAUGAGGGGCCUGACCGGGCCGAGAUGGUGCGACUUCGUGUUUGAAAACUAAAUGAAGCAUGAAGCCUCCUCCUUCCUGGGAAAGGGACUGUGGUUUAACGUGGUGCCUUUGGACAUUGAGCUGACCACGUGGACUGACCAUCCCCCUAUGGUUCAGUCUUACACUCAGCAAUUAUGUAGCAGUCUAACUUAACAAAAGCUUGAUGUUGCACUAUUUUUAUCCAUGGAUAUGUAUGUACAGAAAUGUUUUUGUUUUUUUUAAUUGUCGACUUGCCUUUGUCUUUCUGAGCGCGUAUCGUAGAUCAAAUCAUAACAUCAGAGUGGCUGUAUUAGAAGGAAAGGCAAAGCUUGACUGCAUAAAGACAGUGCCAUCUCCCCCAAAACAUACCUCAUUAUCAAGGCCAGCACUUGUUUUCCCGAUAAUUAUUGUAAACCACAAUUUAGUCCCCCCCCCCCCCCCCCCCAAAAAAAAUGUUUUAAGUGUAGUCACCCUGACUUUACCACUGUUUGAAUUCCUUAUUGCUAAUUUAAUACAUUUUAAGAUUUGACAUAAGUAUAUUGAAAUUUAAUGACAUUCUCUAAAUCCGAGCCUUGUUUGCAGUAUUUUUCGUUGAUGCUUCAGUCACUGUUGUAUUGCAAGCCAGUAGCCAAAAACAUGGUGUGAAUGAAGGAAUCUUGUAUCAACCAAGCCCCAUCUUUAUCCCAAUCAAAUAUCUGUGUGUGGGCCCCCACUAUAAAAUUGUGUAUUGAACCACAGUAAUGUCUUCAAACGAUCUGCAGGUCUUGGCACCAGACUGCACUUAACCCCACCAUACAUGUUCUAAGUGAUUACAUAUUCAGUGCCACAAAAUGUAGAUGUUUAUGUGAAGUGAUGAAGAAAAUGGCAUUAUGCAGUUGUAGAAAGUAGAAUCUGAUUGUUGGUUUGUGGAAUCUGUCUUGUUUUAAUUCACUUAUCUCUAUGUGAUUGUCUUCUUGUUUUCACCCAAAGCAGAAACUGUAUGUUGGUGUCAGAUCUACUUCUUGCACUAUUCCAUCUGAGAUUAUUAAUCCCACUACACAGAUUGCUCCCCCAUAUUUUGCACAUCCCAUGUCCCACUACCAAACCCUACUGUAAAACUAGAGUCUAUUUGGUGCAAUACAAACCCAGAUGAUUUAUCAGUAUGUAGUAAUUAUUUUAUUGCUGACAGACGAAUGGAUGUACACAAGUACCAAUGGCCUGGGAUGUUACUUCAGUUGUUUCCAUAGCCAUGUGAUGUGAUCUUAAAGGAUAUUGCUAUACAAACUGUUUUUUUCCCGCCUGCUUUGCUCCCCUCAAUGAAGCAGAAAAAUAACUUAAUUGUUAUAAUAGCAUUAAAUUGUUUUGAUUAUAAAUAUAAUAGCAUUAUUUACUGUUUAAAUGCAGGUGGGGAAUGUGUUGCUGUUUCCCUAGAGUUUCUGUUUUUAGCAGUCGCCUACCUCCACUGGGGCGCAGCUUGGCCUACUGCUCUUUUUUCCUUAUCAACCGUGUGAUAGACAAGGCCAGAAAGAUGAUCAGUUAACACUAAACUUGGAUCAUUAUCAUGCUAGAGGGCAGGUAGAUCCAAGAUGUCUGGCUGUAGGUCAAAACUUAAAUCUGUAGUGUGUAUUGUGUGUCUGACUACCCCCUUGUAUGUGUGUCACUAUGGUUGCAAUUUCAACAUGAGGGAUGUGGGGCGGCCCAGUCUUGUGAUCGGCGUUCUGUUGAAAAACCUGGUGCUAAACAUCUGUUGUAUAUUUUCUUUAUCAUGUGUUUUUAUACUGUCCAUUACAGAUGCAACAAAGAGGUGUCUGUGAUUGGAACAAUAAAGACUUUUUAAAAAACAA